UUAUACCUCUAAAUUGGGCUGGUGUAACAAUUGAAAUCAUAUAGCAGCCCCACAAAUACAAUAUGCCCUUCUUGUCCUUCAAAUAAAUCAGCUGAUGUAGAUCGCUGAAAUUCCGGUUGGUGUUCACAUUUGACAUUUGAAUUUGAUAAUAAAAAUAUAAACAAACAAAGUCGUAAAGAGAUUUACUUACAUAGGUUGAAAAAACAAUAUAACCCAGAAACAAAAUAAAUAGCCAGUUUUGAACAGAAAAAGGCAUAUACAAAGAUCUGUUUUCAGAAUAAUGGCCGAAACCACCGACGAUAUCGCCGAUGAAGAUAUCAUAAUCAAUGCUCAAGAUGGCUUGCCUAAUGUCCAUCCAAACCUACUUCCCGAACAAGAAAUUGGAGAUUCCCCAAAUGAAUGUGAAGAAGAUGACUUUGAGGGACUUCCUUCAUCCUUGAUAGUCACAAACAUACAUGAUGCGGUAUUCAGUAGCUCAGAAAAAAAACAAGAAUUAGAAGAAUUAUUUAAAAUAUAUGACCCCAAUGUAACAUUUCAAUGGCUUAAGAGUUUUAAAAGAUUGAGGGUGAACUUCACAACUCCACUGGCUGCAGCCACCGCCAGGAUUGAGUUGCAUCAGUACAACUACAAAAACCAGAUUAUUACUUGUUAUUUUGCUCAGCCUGUCACACCAGUGAAAAAUUCUAGUUUGCAACCACCAGCCCCAUAUAAACAGUUCCUUAUUUCACCUCCUGCAUCACCACCACUGGAUUGGGUACCCCACCCAGAGGGUGAGCCAAUAAUAAACAAUGAUUUACUAGCAGCUCUUGCUAGUUUGUCACCUGGAGGAUCUCAUGAAUUACAUCCCCCAUCUCCUGGACAACCCAGUAUUGUAGUUCACACUGCCCUAGGGGUAAACAACACAGGAACGAAACCGAAAAUUGUUCACACUGCGUUUCCAAAUCGUAUUUAAAGAAAUGAGUGUAUGUUAACUGUAAAUAAAUGGAUAAAUGUUAUGUACCUUAAAUACGAAAUACAUGCAUAAAAUGGCAUGUAGCCGUUUUGUUUAUUUAAUAAAAAAAUAAAGUUUUUUUUUGCUGCA